AUGACAGAAGUCAUCCUCACGGCCAUCGAGGGCAUGAGCGACUCCAGCGCCUACGACACCCUGGCAGCUGCCCGCAUGCUGGCUGUGGCCAUGAGACACUCUGCCUCCCGGUUGCAGCACGCAUCUCGCAUCGUGAGGUGCAUCUAUGAGAAUCUGAUGCAUGUCAGCGAGCAGUUGGCCCGGUGUGUUCUGCUUCGGACCCUUCUCCAGCUGACCUCCCUCUACCCGGAGAAGGCGGUCAGGAGCCUGCUGGCAUCCUCUGUGCCGUGUGACAGUGUCGCCGUGGCCAUGUGGCAGGUGAUGGUCUCCCAGCCCACAACAGCAGAGAAGGUCCUGGGGGAGCUGCUCUUCAUGCUGCAGGAGAGGCGCCAGGGCAGGCGGGUCUGCUUUGUCGAAGACGAACCUCACGUCGUGCCCCUGGCCGCAACCAGGGCCCUGCGCGAGAUCCUCCUGCAGCCCACCUUGCAGCAGGGGAAGGCCCUGUUCCCCAUGCUCUGUGUGGCUCUGCUCUUCCAAAUCUCAUUCGCCAUGGAGGCCACGCUGCAGGACGUCGAGGCCUUCUUCAAGACAGACAUUGAGGAGGGCAGAGGCAGCCCCAUAAGCCCUGUCAGGUCCACUCUGCAGGCCCUGCAAGCCCUGCUGCACUGGGCAGGCUAUGGGGAGCAGGUUGGCGUCCUCCACAAGACGGGUGGAUGGGACAUGCUCAUCUGCGCGGAGAGCCACCACCAAGGCAUCACUUUGCUGGCAAGGCAGCUGAGGACCAGCGCCACAAAGGAGUGCCACUGGAUCUUCCACCACCUGCUCCUGGUUCUCAGCAUGAGGGACGUACAGCGGGAAAUCCCCUCCAUGGCUUUCUUCACUGAGCUGCUGAACUGCGCCGAGUUUUCCACCGCUGUGGAUGAGCAGGUGCUGCGCCUCUUCCAAAGGCACCUGAGGACUGGGCGCCUGGUCAUGCGCGGGCUGGUGCUGCGAGGCCUCCUCACGCUGUCGGAGAGCCCUGAGGUGGUGAGCAGGGGCAGUAGGGCAAAGCCGUGUCGACAGCCUGGGGCUGGGCAGGGAGCGGUGGGUCUUUGCUGGCACUCGGGAGCUGUGGGAGCUGCUCUCAACUGCCCCUGUGCUCUUCAUCACCCCCAAGUCCCUGUGGCCCAGUCCUGGGCUCUGUGGCACAAGGAGAAAGGCACCAGCACGUGCCUGAGAGAGCUCCCACUCCCAGGAGACAGGCAGAGAGCCUUCCCAUCACCGCGCCAGGCCAGCGCCAAGGGCUGCUUCCGGGCCCCAAGCCAGCAGCCCUGCAGCACGGAGGUGCGGCAGCGUGCCUCCCGUUGGCAUGGACAUCUCUGCAUGGCCCUGCAUUCUGCUGUGCAUAGGCCGUGGGUGCCCGCAGAGCCCUGGCAUUGGGGCACUGAGCUCUAG